AUGGAAGAGCCCACGAGCGCUGGCAAGGAGAAGACCAAGCAUCGGUUUAUGGGCAAGCUGUUCAAAGAAAAGAAGACCACAAACACCAACCAUGAUAUCGACACCUUCCUCCAUGGCCCCUCAGACGAGUUACACAUGAUGCCGGCGCCGGCUGGUCCUACAAACCCACAUCCACAUCCACAUCCACAUCCAUCUCCACAGCCGCCUUCUCUGUCACGAAUUGAUACCUCCAGUGCCCGUCGCUGGCCUACAGCCGCCGAGAUAAACAACUCACGGAUAAAUCGAGGAAGAUCGGCCAGUCCACCGCGAAGCAGGAAGGGUCUGGCGGUCCGCUUUACAAAUGAACAACCAGAGGUAAUCGGGGAGGGUGGUGACGAGGCCACAACACCAGUCUCUGAUAUCGGCGUGAGAAAGCGAGCACAUUCGCACCCGCCGGGACGCCAACCGCCCCAAGCCCAAGCCCAAGCUCCGUCAUAUCGGCUGGACACAACCCCUCCUGCAAAUGCCCCAGGCCAUUCCCAAGAGUAUCAAAGUCUGGAUCCUUUCCGAGACGCGACGCCGCUUCGACGUACUGCUACAGGUAUCCAACCGACCUCAGCACGAGGCCCUUCCACAGAACGUCUAAGUCGUGGUCUAGCGGAAACCCAAGAACAUGGAUAUGGCUCGACGAAUAACGGGAGUGCAAAGGAUGACUUUGAUCCAACGUCAUUUGCAGCUAGAAUAAGAGCUGAAAUGCGAUCAGGUGAAGGCAAAGCUUUAGUCCAGGCCGCCUUGACAGCUCCAGAUUUCAAUGAUCUGAGACCCGGCUCAUCUGGAGAGCCGGAAUCUGAGAUCACCCCGCAAUUGAAGGAGCUACGAUUGAACACCAUGCGGAAUAGCUACAUAUCCACCUCGCCUGUCACGAGUAUCCCAACACAGCGUCUUCCUGGGCGGUCAGUGAGCCCAGCAGGAUCACAGUUAUCGAUUCCUAUGACAGAAAGUCCUCUUCCAUUAUCUCGCACCUCAACUCUGCAGGCGGCGGCGACUGCUGUGGUCGACGAUGCCUUGCAUGACUUUUCGAGUCGAGUUGCACAUUUCUUUACCUUGUUCCGCUUAUCAGUAGAGUCUGUCAAGCCGAUUCCUAGGUGUUCAUUGGAAGAGCUUGUCAGGGCGGCUCUCUGGUGGUUCUUGAAAGGUAGAUCGAAUCUAGAGGCUACAGUACGAGACCGGCCAACAAGCCCGCAAGCUCAGAAGCUCAGACAGUUCGUCCUUCAACAAGCCUAUACAGAUCUUGCAAAGUCUCUAUGGCUUAUAGAAAUUGUUACCACACAACGCCCAGAGGUCGUAGAUCCCUUUGCGCAGGGUGCUCCCGAUCCACAUCUCGCCAGCAUUCUGGAGUCACGUCAGGCCAUCAUAUCCAGCCUAAGAAAAGUUACCAUGUCAAUGAAGCGUAAUAAUUUCCUACCGCCAGUGCCUAACGAUGCACCAUUACCGCAGGGUUUGGAUAAUUCGAUCUGGGUCCCAGAAGAAGGCGACAAGUCCUUGGUGGCAAACCAGCGACCCAGUCUGGCGAUCACUUUGGCGGAAACUUUUCCCCUAGGAGACUCAAGUAGAACUUUCUUUUUUGGAAGAUGCUUCGCCCAAGGAGUUCUGGAGGAAGAGGCUGCAUCCCAGCGCUUUCAAUGCCCAGUGUUGGUCUCUCUUGUGCGGGGACAAAAGGAAAAGGAGAUAUCGGCGCUUAUCGUUAGUCAAGACGGGUCGCUGAAAAUAUGCAUCCAGGCAGAUAGAACUCGUGGCACAACAUGGGGCGAUGUGGCAUGGCAAGCAAAAUCCAGCACUAUCAAAGUAGAUCUGCCACGCGGGUUCUCACUUCGCCUUCACUGCUCUGAGCAGGACUUCGGGAUGAUAUGGGGAUCGUAUGACCGCCAGGCGAAAAUCCAUGACUAUCUUAACCCGCGUCGAGAGGAAGAGCUCAUUUUCGAAUCCGUCAUUAGGAAUUUCAAGUACAUUGACCAGAGUCCAGAGUCUAGGUUUCCGAAGGAUCCUCUGUACGACUGCUACUUGAGGAUCUUUGAGAUGGUCAAAUUAGAGAAAGGGGCUGCUGCCGCUCGCACAAUCCAUCGUGGUUUUCGGGUCGCUCUGAAUACUAACCCUAGAACCAAAAACUUGGACGGUAUCAACCAAAAACUACCGCCGAAUCGUGCGAUCCAAUUUGGAUUCCUUCGCGGAGACGAUGGACAGCCAGCGAUAAUGCUUAAGAUCGCCCAUGGAGGGUCGAACUGUAGAAUGAUCAUGGCCUUCGACGAUGUGAAUCAACGGUCUCGUCUCCACCAGCUUCUUACGGGAAGCGCGCUGGGAGAUACAGAGGGUUUUGUCGCUGAAGGACCGAUGAAAGCCUUUUCUAUCGCCGGCUAUUCUCCAAACAGCCAGGAUUUGAGCUGUCUCAAAACCCUCGACUGGCAGGGCUUCCGGGUUAUCAACGAAGACGAGGGAGACCUCCAAACUGACAAGGCGGUCCUCUCUAACCACUUGCGCGUCGCGCUCGAUUUCACCACAGGAAGUCUAACAGAUCGCAUCAACGUUGAACCAGGAGAAUUGAAGCUUCGACUGGACGUCAAGAGUGCGAAGGAGCUGAAAAUUCUACGACAGCCACAAGAAGAUAUGACUGUAGCGGUCAUCGAGUCACAGGUGUCCCAGGAACUUCCACGCGAGCUUUCUGCGCUCCUAGAUACGAUUGCCCAGUCCCAAUCAGCCCGAACUUAUCUUUUCCCCGGUCUUCAGGAGCUGCACUUGUUCCAGGCAGCCUUAACCGGCUUCAAUGUGCUCUACGAUGGAAUGGCAUCGUCGUUCAAUAUAUCGCGCCGUCGGAUGGUCGUCCCUAUCUACAAGAAGUGGGACGCGGCAUCUACUCGGGUACAAGUGGUGCAGCGGGAUAAGGUCGUGCAGCUUGUUGCCUUCUUCGAAAAUUUCAGUCACGGCGAUUGCAUGAACUUCGCAUUGAAGUCGACGGAUGUUUUCGAAUGCUCUGGCCGCAGUGGAAAGUAUUCUUUGCGGAUCGUAGAUGCUAAGUUCGCAUUGCCUAAACCGCCCCAACAAGACGACGCAGUUGGUCAUCAAUUUGUCUGCUUGGACAUGCCCGAGUACCCUGGCGAGCACGACGAUAUAACGAUUGUUUUUGAUACCGAAUCUGAACUUGACAAGCUCACAAAAGCAUUGCCGGCACCUGUGAAAAUCGCAUCACGGAUGGCAUCGAUCAAGAGGUAA